AUGGAACCAGGGAAUCUUACAGGAGGGUCAGAAUUUCUUCUCCUGGGAUUUUCAGAGGAACCAGAACUGCAGCCCCUCAUAUUUGGGCUUUUCCUCUCCAUGUACCUGGUCACUGUGUUGGGAAACCUGCUCAUCAUCCUGGCUGUCAGCUCAGACUCCCACCUCCACACGCCCAUGUACUUCUUCCUCUGCAACCUGUCCUCGGUAGACAUCUGUGUCAUCUCCACCACCAUCCCAAAGAUGUUGGUAAACAUCCUGACACAGAGCAGAGUCAUCACCUAUGCAGGCUGCAUCACCCAGAUUUAUUUUUUCUCGCUCUUUGCAGUGUUGGAUGACUUCCUCUUGACCGUGAUGGCUUAUGAUCGCUUUGUGGCCAUCUGCCAUCCCCUGCACUACAUGGUCGUCAUGAACCCCCGGCUCUGUGGGCUGCUGGUUCCGGUGUCAUGGAUCACAAGUAUUCUACAUUCCUUGUUAGAAAGUUUACUGUUACUGCUACUAACUUUCUGUACAGAAUUGGAAAUCCCCCACUUUUUCUGUGAACUCAGUCAGAUGGCACAACUUGCCUGUUCUGACAACUUUCUUAAUAACAUGGUGAUGUAUUUUUUAACUGUGCUAUUGGGUGGUGGUCCCCUCGUUGGUAUCAUUUACUCUUACUCUAAGAUAGUGUCCUCCAUCUGUGCAAUCCCAUCAGCUCAGGGGAAGUAUAAGGCUUUUUCUACCUGUGCAUCUCACCUCUCAGUUGUGUCCUUAUUUUAUUGUUCAAGCAUAGGAGUGUACCUAGGCUCUGCUGCUUCCCAAAGCUCACACUCAAGUGCAGCAGCCUCAGCAUUGUAUACUGUGGUCACACCCAUGCUGAACCCCUUCACCUACAGUCUCAGGAACAAGGACAUAAAAGGAGCCCUGAAACGUUCUUUGGGAUGGCAGCUAUAA